AUGGUUGAUCAAGUAAGACAGCGAGCCGAACAGACCGCCGCCCCAAAUCGGGAAACGGCGGCCAUGUUGGAAGCCGUUUCGGGCACCGAUGCCCGAAAAGUCUUGUUCGCACUCUGCAGGGAGGAUGUGCGGGUCCGCCGGCGAGCCGUUGACCUGUUGCAGAAGAUGCCAAGGACGGAUGUCUGCGCCAACUGUAAGGAGAAGUUUGAUGUCAACAGGAACGCUCCUGAUGCAUGUCGCUACCACACUGGAGACUUUGAGUUAGACGAAGACCUAGAGGUCUGGGGCACGAUCGAUGUCACGUAA